CUCGCUAAUACCGUGAAGAAAAUGCACGUCUUUCCUGUGGGUGGGCGUUCUUGUAAAGUCAAUAUGGAAGACUCGUGCUCAGUGUGUUCUGUGAAAACUGCUAAGUACCGCUGUCCUCGUUGCAUGCUUCGUUAUUGCUCUCUUGGCUGCAGUAAGAAACAUAAAGGGUGUGCACCAAAAGAAGCCAUCAGGUCAUCGCAUUUGACAAGUUUACCAGAAGUGUUGCAAAGGAAAGAUGAUGAUCUUGAGGAAAAUGAUGAAUUGGAUGCUGUUCCAAUGCAAAAUCUAGUGGUGAUGGGCAAAUCGGAAGAGCUGAAGGAUUUAUUACUGAAUACACAUUUGCGACAGCUGAUUGUGACACUUGACCAGACAGAGCAUAAAGAUGAAGCACUAAAAAAGUAUAUGCAAGAGCCAUUGUUUGUAGAAUUUGCUGAUAAGUGUCUGUCACUUGUAGAAGCAGAGGGAAAAAAAGGAACUUUAACCUAAAGUAAUACAUUUAUCUUAAUCUAUUAGUUGUAUUUUAUAUACAUGUGUUUUUUCUAGUCCUGUAAAGACUUAUCUUUUAAUAAAAACUGAGUUACAAAUAUUUAAAAGCUAUUCUGCAAUUUGGAGCAAACAUUUGCAUGGCCUAAUUUACGAAUACUGGCAUUUUUUCACAAGUCUUACAUUUUACUUCUUAAACAUUUCAUGUCAUUUGCCCAGAUUUCAUUCUAUUUCAAACAAAAAUUGUCUGAUCUUCCCUAUAGCAACCGUUCACAGCUCAGCUUUCAUUUUAACAAGAGCUUGUUAAGCUAUGAAAUCUGGGAUUUGAUUGGUUGCUAUGGGCAAAACCAAAUGGUUUUUGUUUCAGGCAGCUUAACCCCUUUAUGCAAAAAGUGUGUGAUGGAAGCAGCCUCCCUGCUGCAACACCAUGUACACAUGUAUGUGGAUGUAAUGAACGGUCGCCUCUUUUCCGGGCGCAAAGACCGUUCUGUGAUCCAGUGCCAUGAUCUAAUCUCAGCAUUCCCAAGCGAUCGCUAGGAGCUCACCACGGCCUACGGUUAACCCUAAAGAUGCCCCAGAAUGGUACCAAUGAAAGCAUCCACUCGUCUCCCAAAAAUAUUUUUGCUCCCCAACUUGAUAUGAUGCUAACAAAAUAUCCUAACCUUAUGAUGUCUCAAGAUCCUUGCUUAUUCAUGCUUCUUCAUGCCUGAGGCCCAUGUGUCAUGUAGUGCCUCAUAUGUAAUUGUUACGCCGAGCACUCCGGGUCCCUGCUCCUCCCCGGAGCGCUCGCGGCGUUCUCCUCUCUGCAGCGCCCCGGUCAGACCCACUGACCGGGAGCGCUGCACUGACAUUCACGAUGGGGAUGCGAUUCGCAUAGCGGGACGUGCCCGCUCGCGAAUCGCAUCCCAAGCCACUUACCAGUCCCGGUCCCCGGCUGUCAUGUUCUGGCGCGCGCGGCUCCGCUCUCCAGUGAUUGGUGCCUGGCCCAAUCAGUCUAAUUAGCUUCCACCUGCUCCCUGUCCAUAUACCUCACUUCCCCUUUCCUUCCUUGCCGGAUCUUGUUGCCUUGUGCCAGAGAAAGAGUUUAAUGUUGUCCAAAGCCUGUGUUUCCAGACCUUCUGCUAUUGCUAUUGACUACGAACCUUGCCGCCUUCCCCGACCUUCUGCUACGUCUGACCUUGCCUCUGCCUAGUCCUUCUGUCCCACGCCUUCUCAGCAGUCAGCGAGGUUGAGCCGUUGCCGGUGGAUACGACCUUUUUGCUACCGCCGCAGCAAGACCAUCCCGCUUUGCGGCGGGCUCUGGUGAAAACCAGUAGCAACCUAGAACCGGUCCACCGACACGGUCCACGCCCAUCCCUCGCUGACACAGAGGAUCCACAUCCAGCUAGCAGAAUCCUAACAGUAAUAUCUCAUAAUACAUCAGAAUUGGAAAAAUGCAACUCGGCAUUCAUUCUGUGUUACAGAAAGAAAUGAAAUUUGUAAGUUUCACCUCUACUUUGCUUUAAUUUCUGUGAAACACCUAAUGGGUUAAUAAACUUGUUAAAUGUAAUUCUGAAUACUUUGAUAGGUGUAGUUUUUAAAAUUGGUUGACUUAUGAGGGUAGCUAACAUACAGUCCCCUCAAAUUUACUUCAGAACUAAACUGGUGCCUGAAAAAUCAGAUUUAAAAAUUUUCCGAAAAAUUGCUAAAAACAUGUUAGGAAUUAACAUUGUAUGUGUAAAACAAUGUAAAAGAGAUGUAAAGGCAUAUUGUAGAUGUAAAGCUACAAUAAAUAAUUUACCAUAUACACUUGAGUAUUAGCCGUUCCGAAUAUAAGCCGAGGCUCCUAAUUUCACCCCAAAAACCCAGGAAAACAUAUUGACUCGAGUAUAAGCCUAGGGUGGGAAAUACAUCAUCCCCCCCUGUCAUCAUCCCCCCCCCUGUCAUCAUCCCCCCUACCCCAUCAUCAUCAUCCAUCAUCCUCCCAGCCCUGUAAUCAUCCAGACCCCCCCUGUCCAUAUGACCCCCUGUCACCCUGCAGUGAAGAUGGACGGCCCGGCCAAACCCCCACCGGUAUGCCUAAAGUGAUUUUUUUUUCCACUCAAGUAUAAGCCGAGGGGGGUGUUUUCAGCAUGAAAAAUCGUGCUGAAAACCUCUGCUUAUACUAGAGUACUAUUUCUUGUAUGAGAAGAAUAAAUGUGGAAAAUCGAGGACAAUAUGUAGAAAGCAUGGCGUUUUGACGCCCAGAGGAAGCGAGAGGACCAGGUGGUGGCUGUGGCAUCACGUCAGAUGACCAGCACAUAACAUGAUAAUCCCAAGUUAGCUUAUACCAGGUUAUCUGUUACUUAUUUCUGUCCUGCUCUCUCCAUUCAGACUGGCUGCAGGGAACAGUGAGUGAGCCCAUAUGGGUAAAACUGCUCUUUAUCUGGCUGUCUUCUAAUGGCCUAUGAGCUGAUUGACACAUAAAACCAGAAAAUCCUAUUAUCAUAUGAUAAGGUAGUCUGAUGAAACACCUAUAUGGCCGCUGUCACUGCAGCUCUGCUUGUGGAGUCUAUUGCGGGCCCCGUUGCGGUAUGCUGCACAAAGAUUAAUAAAUCUACAUUGAGCACAGAAUGUGGUGAGUGCCUCCAAUUUUUCAUACUUACCUCUGCAUGGUGUACUGUUAUUGUUUGUGGAUGGAACACCCCAUUUGUGCCAUCAAGCCUCCGAAUUGGAUCCCUGGUAUUUAUAGUACUUGCAACUGCUGGAGGUUUUACUCGAGCUGUGCCGAUUAUUGUGACUAACUGCUGAGAACAGCGGAAUUAGUGAUGUAAUGUUGCUGAUAUUUGUUUUACAUCAAACUCUUAAGGUGAUGAUUGAAGGAGGGCUGGAGGAGAGUUCCCAUCUGGCUGGCAGCAGUACAGAUGUUCUCCUUGAGGAGGAGGACUUGAAUGAGGAAGAAGAGAAAGUAGGACCUGUGGAGGAGUAAAAUGUGUUGAUUGAAAGGAUAGGCGACACUGAAUUUAGAGCCAACCUCUCAGAAAAGGAUGGAGGACCAUGGUAGUAUGGUAUGGAGGCGAAACAAGCCGGGCCCUCAAAAAAGCUGGCACGGAUGGCUAACUGCAUGCUUUCUUUAAUGCAAAGUAACAGGCAUAUUGCCAGCUUAUGGGAAAGAAGUGACUACUGCAUAGCAACACUCUUAGACCCUCGGUAUAAAGCCAAAAUUGGGGAAUUUUUUCUCGCCUUCUAAGAAAGCUAAAUUGGAGUUCUAUAAAGAGAAGCUACACAGCCAGUUUGCCACGGCUUUCCAGCACCAAAUACCUGCCAAACAGGGGUCCAGUCAACACUCCACUCCCUCUGCUAGCACUACCCCUACAAGAGAAAGACGCUGGAGCACAUGAUGACAAAGUUUCUGUAUCUGGCAUUCGCCCCAGACAUCAAUUUUCACCACAGGGAUGUGAACCACCACUUAAACAACCAGGGAAAGGCCUAACUUAGCAGUGCCCUUUCUCUGACAAGACUUCAUGAGCCCAUGGACUCCUGGGUCACCAGAUUAAACCAUUGGUCAGAACUUGCCCAGUUAGGCCUGGGUGUUCUGUCUUGUUCACCCUCCAGUGUCUCUUCAGAGCGAGUGUUCAGUGCAGUAGGUGGCAUCAUUACACCAAAGUGAACAAGAUUGUCAGUCAGAAACAUGGAAAAACCGACAUUCACCAAAAUGAAUCAGGUAUGGAUCAGUGGAGACUUUAAACCUCCUGUGCCAGAUGUCACUGAUCAAUACACUACUACCACCACCCCUGCUGUAUGCUGGCUAAUGUCAGGAACACCAGUCCACCUCCUCCUGCUGUCCCCUAAUGAUGCCAGUAACACCAGUUCGUCACCUUGUGCUGGCAGAUGCCAGUAACACCAGUCCAGCAACUCCUGCUGUACAGUGGCUAAUUACAGUCCACCAAAUCUAUAGUUACUUCCAAAAAGGGAUAAUUUUUUGAAUGUCUGGAGAAAUCAGUGUCAUCAUCUUCGCUUGGAAGACUAAAAAGCUCUUGCUACUCCCAAGAAGGUAGUUAAUUUUUGGAAUGCCUUGAAAAAGGCAUUGCAUCUUCCGAUUCACCUCGUGCAUUUUAACACUGGCAGGCUUCUAACAUCAAUUUUAGUGUGAAUAAGGC